UGUCAAUAUAAAAACUGUUUGGUUUAUAUCCGAAAACAAUUAAAGUUUUUGUGUAAAAAAAUUAUCAACUUUUAAUUUAUAAGUCAUAAGGUCACUUGCUUAUAUCUCGCGGUGUCUCGUACAUUGGUGCAUUAUAAUCAUUUUAUAAAGAAAGUGGAAAGGUGAUAAUGAGGUUUCAAAAAUCAGAUAGAUCUCCAGAUGAAGGUAAUAAUGUGCCUCUCACAGACAGUUCCCUUAUUGUGGAUAUUUCUGAUGCGCUCAGCGAAAAAGAUAAAGUUAAGUUCACUGUCCACACUCGCACUUCAAUGAAGAAUUUCCAGAAACAAGAGUUUUUAGUUGUCAGACAGCAUGAAGAGUUCAUAUGGCUUCAUGAUCGUUAUGAAGAAGAGCCUAAAUAUGCGGGAUAUAUUAUCCCACCACCACCACCCCGUCCAAAUUUCGAUGCUUCUCGUGAAAAGUUACAACGCUUAGGUGAAGGGGAAGGCACCAUGACCAAAGAGGAAUUUACGAAAAUGAAACAGGAAUUAGAGGCAGAAUAUCUCGCCACCUUCAAAAAAACGGUUGCGAUGCACGAAGUAUUCCUCACUCGAUUAGCUAGUCAUUCCAUAUUUAGAGAAGACCAACACCUUCACGUUUUUCUCGAAUAUGAUCAAGAUUUGUGUGCCCGUCCUAAAGGGAAGCUCCAGCAGUUGGGAGGUCUCAUAAAGUCAGUAGGAACCACUACUGACCAGUAUUACCUAAACGCCACAGUUAGAGAUGUGAACGAUUUCUUUGAACAGCAGAUGAACUCGUUAACGGAGUACCACAAUCAGUUAAAGGAUGCAACUUAUCGGACUGAUAAGAUGACUGAAAAGCACAAAGAACUAGCCGAUAGCUAUAUUAAAAUAUCCGGGGGAUUAAUUCAACUAGCGAACAGUGAUAACGGAAGACUAGAUAAAUAUUUGUCGAGGGUAUCUGAUACAUUCGAAAAGGUUAGGAAAUUAGAAAGUCGAGUGGCUAGCGAUCAGGAUCUAAAGUUGGCCGAUACACUUCGAUACUAUAUGAGGGACAGCCAAGCUGCUCGAGCUCUUCUGGUGCGCCGACUUAGGUGUUUAGCAAAUUACGAAAAUGCCAACAAAACUCUCGAAAAAGCUCGUCAUAAAAAUAAGGAAAUUCACGCGGCACCUGAAAUACAAGAGGCGGAGAAAGCUCAAUCUGUUGCAUGUGAACAAUUCGAAUCGAUAUCUGCCCAAGCCAAGGAAGAAUUACUCGAUUUUAAAACUAGGAGGCUACACGCAUUUAGAAAAAGUUUGAUAGAAUUGGCCGAAUUAGAAAUUAAGCAUGCUCGUAGUCAACAUGAUCUACUGAAAAAAUCUAUAGCUAAUCUCAAUGAGUUACUCUGAGCCGUUUUACUGCUCUCAUUUUUUUUAUAUUACACGUUCAUAUCAAGAUAUUGAAAACAUUGUUUACGGGAAUGGUGUAUUUAAUUUUAUAUUUGUCUUUCGUUUUUUAGGCAAUGAGAUCUCAUUUAUAUGCUUAUUAGUUUAAACGCUUAUUAGUUGUUCCAUUAUAUCUUUGCACAAACGUCAUGAUUAAUGUCAAUGUAUUAAUAAUUAGGAAAUGGCUAUUAUCGGUGGACGUAUUGUAUAAAGUUACAUUGUAAAUUUAUAUUUAACUAUUUUAUAAUAUAUUUAACACAAUAUAACUUUAUAAAUAACCCAAUUUAAGUUAUAAAUUCCAAUAAACAUAACAAAUAAGCGUUAAUGUCACUGUCACCGAAAAUGAUGAACGUCAAAAUUCAUAGUAAACAAGGUGUCAAAGACAUGCUGUAUUGUUGAUCCUUUUUAAGUUAUUGUGGUUUCUAAGGACAAGCGAUUUAAUUUUGCGAUACUAGUUUCUGUGACUAAAAAAGAGACCUAGUAUAAAAAGUAAUUCGUAUAAUUUCAUAAAAUUGCAAAUAUAUAAUGGAAGAACUAUAUAAUUGAUUGCAAACAUGUUUUUGAAACAUUUGAUUUGCGUCUCAAUUGCUAUAUAAAAGGCCUAUAUUUAAUUUACUGCAAUCUUAAAAAUAAAUCGAUUAGUCACAAAAACAUUUUAUGUCAACUUUUAUAAAGUUUUCCUUAUCUCCAACAGUUCUUUUUGAAUAAAUAUCUGGAUAUUUAUUAUCCAUGUGCUACCAUUUGUGCCAGACGAUCAUACCAUAUUUGUACAAUAAUUUUAUAGUUUACCAACAAAAUCAAUUUGUGAUAAUGAUAUAAUGGUAAAAAUUUACGUAGAUAUAAAAUGUUCUUAUAUUGAAGCUAUUCUGUUUCUCACAUUUGAUCAAUAAUAAAAAUUAUACGUUAUACCGCGCAGUUAUCGACUAAUACUAAUAAUCAUCAUUGGAUGGUGAUGGCAGCAAUGUUUAAAUACAAAUUUAAAUGAUCUAUCAACAAAACACUGAAAACGUUUUUUUUUCUACACUUCCACAAAAUUUAUUACAACUAUGUGACUACAGCUAUUUCCGCAGAGUGCCUUUCUCAAGUGAUUUAGAUUACUAUGGGUUUGUCUUUUUAAAGUAUUUAACUGAAGAGGUUGAGGAGUGGGUAGCUGUUUGUCUCGAGUUGGUC